GUUAGAACACAGUUGAUUAAACCAGACUUUAGUCUUUUGCUGACUUCAGUACAUGUGACAGAGAGGAACCAUGGCUGCUGCAGCAUCUGAUGUACAACCUCUGAAGCGGAGAAGAAGUUAUGAACUGAUACCACCUGACAUGUCAGAGCUGAGGAUUGUUCUGCUGGGGGGCAGCUGGUAUCAGAGAAARUCAGCUGGGAAUUUUCUCCUUGGAGAAAAUGUUUUCAGUGGAGCUCCAUCCUCCUGUGUGAUAUUCAGUGGAUCAUUUGAAGAAACCAAAUUAACUGUCAUCAACACUCCAUAUCUAAAGUUCCCAACAGCAAACAAACAGACAGAGUUUAUAAAAGACUGUAUGAAAGCUUCUGCUCCUGGACCUCAUGUGUUCCUGUUGGUUCUCCAACCUGAAAGGUUCACUGAAGCAGAUAAAAACAGGAUCUGCUCAGUCCUUGAAGAGUUCAGUGACCAGUCAUUUGAUCAUUCACUGAUUCUAGGUUUAUCACGCAGACGAGGAGGUCCAGAUGUAAAUGAAAAAUACAUGAAAACUCCUMCAUUUGCAGAAUUAAUCYGAAAGUGCAGAUAUAGACACUUAAAGAUGCAGGACAUUGAACAUCCAGAGCUAAUAAUGAGAUGUGGCCAAAUUGUAAAAGAAAAUAAAGGACAACAUGUGAUCUAUGAAGAGUUUGCAAACACAUCAUCYACCUUACCAGAAGAUCAACAGGGCCAGAAACAAAAGAACAAAACUGGCUCUUUUAUUUCUACUGUCACAGGUGCUGGUAUCAGUGCAA